UUAGAAAUUUCACUCAAUCUUCUUGUUUUAUUCUCUGCAAACCGUCCCUAUUCACAUUACAGCAUUCACAUGUUUAUGGUCAACGAUCCAAAACUAAGAGUUCCACAGACUACUCUUAUCUCUUGACAUUAAACACAUCGAAAUUUAAAAAAAAAAAAAACAACAUUUUGUGAAAAAAUGGGACAAACGGUUUCUUAUGCUUCAUCCUCAGCUUCUAAAUUGUUGCGGUUUGUUAUUCCACAUCGUUAUGUUUCUCCAUUGGAUUGGGGUUAUGAAAAAUUGAAUAAUCAAGAUGAUAGUUUCCAUCUCCAGAUUCAUCCUCAAGAGCUGCAAUUUCCAUUUGAGUUGAAGAAGCAGAUAUCUUGCUCCUUGCAGUUGUCUAACAAGUCAGAUAAUUGUGUAGCUUUCAAGGUUAAGACUACAAAUCAAAAGAAUUAUUGUGUUAAGCCUAACAGUGGAGUUGUGUUGCCCAAAUCAACUUUUCAUAUUAGAGUUAUAAUGCAAGCCCAAAAUGAGGCACCUCCUGACAUGCAAUGCCUGGAUAAGUUUCUUUUUCAAAGCAUAGUUGCAAAACACAAAACAUAUCACUCAAAAAAUGGAGCCACCACAAAAGAUAUCACUCCAAAAAUGUUCGAUAAAGAAUCUGGCUAUAAGAUUAAAGAGUGCAAAUUGAGGAUUGUCUAUAUUGCUCCUCCUCAACCACGACCCUCAAUCCGAGAAGAAUCUGAUAAAGAUUCGAAAGUUUCGUAUGAACAUGUUGACCAACUUGAUACUUUAUUUGAGGUACAUCCUCAAGAGCUGCAAUUUCCUUUUGAAUUGAGGAAGCAAAUAUCAUGCUCUUUGCAGUUUUCUAACAAGUCAGAUAAUUACGUGGCUUUUAAGGUUAAGACUACAAAUCAGAAGAGGUAUUGUGUUAGGCCUAAUCAUGGAGUUGUGUUGCCUAGGUCUACUUGUGAUGUCAUAGUUACCAUGCAAGCUCAAAUGGAAACACCUCCUGACAUGCAAUGCAAAGAUAAAUUUCUUAUUCAAAACGUAGUUGCAAAGAUGGGAGCAACCAAAAAAGAUAUCACUUCAGAAAUGUUCAAUAAAAAGUCGGGCUCUAAAGUUGAAGAGUGCAAACUAAAAGUUAUUUAUGUUGAACCUUCUCAACCAUCAUCCACAAUUCAAGGAGGAUCUGACGAAUAUUUUUCUCCUCGCUCAUCUGUCUUUUCAGAUCAGGCAAAUGCGGUUAUUUUGAAAUUAACUGAGGAGAGGGAUAAUGCUAUUGAGCAAAAUAAAAGGCUUGAGCAAGAAUUGGAGCUUUUGAGAAGUGAGGCCAGCAAAGACUAUCAUACAAAAUAGUGUGUGAUGAGAAGAGACACAUGCGAAAAUCUAUGAUAUUCCAUUAGAAAUAUACAAAGUGAUGGCAAAUUGGCAACAAAGAAUCAUGAAGUGAAGUAAUUGCAUCCUAUAUAAUAUAUAUGCCUAAAAACUUUGAACUACCUUGUCAAGAAUUUUGUGAGUCUUUUAUCAUGUUGCAACGAACAGCAAUCUUGCGAAAAUCUUCUAAACUUAACUGCAACAAAGCACAUUAUACUUAAUUAA